AUGGUUACAAUUGGUAAUGCUCAUGAAGAUUUAAUACAUGAUGCGGUAUUAGACUAUUAUGGUAAACGAUUGGCAACAUGUUCAUCAGAUAAAACCAUCAAGAUAUUUGAUAUAGAAGGAACUGAUAAUUAUAAACUUAUAACAACUUUGACAGGUCAUGAAGGUCCAAUUUGGCAAGUUGCAUGGGCUCAUCCUAAAUUUGGAUCAAUUUUGGCGUCUUGUUCAUAUGAUGGUAAAGCAUUAAUUUGGAAAGAACAACCAGAAACUCAACAAUGGUCAAUUAUAGCUGAACAUUCAGUACAUCAAGCAAGUGUAAAUUCAGUAAGUUGGGCACCCCAUGAAUUAGGAGCUGUUUUAUUAUGUACUGCAUCAGAUGGGAAAGUAUCAGUUGUUGAUUUUAAUGAUGAUGGAACCACUUCACAUGUUAUAUUUGAUGCUCAUGCCAUUGGUGUGAAUUCAGCUUCUUGGGCUCCAAUACAGACUAGUUCAAAAGAUCCUGCAACUUUAAAACAACAAAGAAGAUUUGUCACUUGUGGAUCUGAUAAUUUAGCCAAAAUAUGGAAAUAUGAUCCGGUAAAUAAUACAUAUGUUGAAGAAAAUAAAUUAGUUGGUCAUACUGAUUGGGUAAGAGAUGUUGCAUGGAGUCCUUCAAAUUUAAUACGUCCUUAUAUUGCUUCUGCUUCACAAGAUUGUACUGUAUUAAUAUGGACUCAAGAUAAAGAUGGUAAUUGGCAAAAACAACCACUAACUGAAGAAAAAUUUCCCGACGUAUGUUGGAGAUGCUCUUGGUCAUUGAGUGGAAAUAUCUUGGCAGUAUCUGGUGGUGAUAAUAAGGUUAGUUUGUGGAAAGAAAAUUUACAAGGAAAAUGGGAUUCAGCAGGAGAAGUAGAUCAGUAA